AUGUCGGAAGCUGGAUACAACGGGAUCGAGGAACUGAUGAAGGCCGAGCAGGAAGCUGCUGCCAUCGUUCAAGAGGCACGACAGAAGAGACAGUCUGCGAUGUCGGAUGCCAAAGAGAAGGCUAAAGAAGAGAUUGAAUCUUAUCGCGCAACCAUGGAAGCUGAAUUCCAGGAAAAACAAAAAUCUAGCGAAGGAGCUGGUUCCCAGAAGGAGGUUGAAAAACUCAGUGCUGAAACAGAGGCAGAGAUUGUGAAUCUCAACAAAGAUUACGAGGCUAAUCACGAGAAAAUGCUAGACUUGAUUGUGAACACUGUCUUAAAUGUUAACCCUCAUAUCCCUGAGAAGAAGAAGAAGAGACAGCAUUAAGGCGUUGUUGUUACUAUUACUAUUAUAGAAAUAGACUAUUCU